GUGAGACACCGAAACCUCAGCAGCCCCGGAGCUUUCCAGGUUAUCAUGGCGAUGAGAAACACAUCUUCUGUUUGAGACCCCCCUCCCUUGCAGCGACAAAAGGCUUUGUGCCCCCCACCCUGCCUAACCCCGACCCUCACCCCGCUACAUGAGAACACACGCCGGGUCCCAUGCAGUGCGGAGACCUGCCGGAGUUUUAGCCCAGAUUGGAGAAAGGACAUAGCGAGUGACCGUCAUGGCAGCGUCGGAGCUGUUCACCAAGUGUGCUCGGGUGUGGAUCCCCGAUGCAGAGGAGGUGUGGAAGUCUGCUGAGCUGACCAAGGACUACAAAAGUGGCGAUGCCUCCCUGCAGCUCAUGCUGGAGGAUGGAACGAACAUUGAGCAUAAGCUGGACCCCAAGACGAAGAACCUGCCUUACCUGCGAAACCCUGACAUCCUGGUGGGCGAGAACGACCUCACAGCGCUCAGCUACCUCCACGAGCCGGCCGUGCUGCACAACCUCAAAGUCCGCUUCAUCGACUCCAAACUUAUCUACACAUAUUGCGGAAUCGUGCUUGUGGCCAUCAACCCUUAUGAGACGCUGCCCAUCUAUGGCUCAGACAUCAUCAACGCCUACAGCGGCCAGAACAUGGGAGACAUGGACCCGCACAUUUUCGCCGUGGCAGAGGAGGCUUAUAAGCAGAUGGCCAGGGAUGAGAGAAACCAGUCGAUCAUCGUGAGCGGUGAGUCCGGAGCAGGAAAAACGGUAUCAGCCAAAUACGCCAUGAGAUACUUUGCUACGGUCAGUGGCUCCGCCAGCGAGGCCAACGUGGAGGAGAAAGUCCUGGCUUCCAACCCCAUCAUGGAGGCCAUUGGAAAUGCAAAGACCACCAGGAACGACAACAGCAGUCGUUUUGGCAAAUACAUCGAAAUCGGCUUCGACAACCGCUUCCGCAUCAUCGGUGCCAACAUGAGAACAUAUCUGCUGGAGAAAUCACGAGUGGUGUUUCAGGCGGAUGAGGAGAGGAAUUAUCACAUCUUCUAUCAGCUCUGUGCAUCAGCUCACCUGCCUGAGUUCAAGAAUCUGAAGCUGAGCAGUGCCAAUGACUUCCUGUACACCAGGCAGGGCCGCAGCCCCGUCAUCGAUGGCGUGGACGACACCAAGGAACUUUCCACCACUCGCAAUGCCUUCACAUUGCUUGGUAUUAAUGAGUCAUAUCAGAUGGGGCUUUUCCAGGUUUUGGCUGCUAUUCUUCAUUUGGGAAACGUGGAGAUAAAGGACAGAGACUCAGACAGCAGCGUUAUUCCUCCCAACAAUCGCCACCUGACGGCGUUCUGCGACCUGGUGGGAGUGACCUACCCAGAUAUGUCUCAGUGGCUGUGCCACAGGAAGCUGAAGACGGCCACGGAGACGUACGUCAAGCCCCUCCCUCGUCUGCAGGCCACCAACGCCCGUGAUGCCCUGUCCAAACAUAUCUACGCCAAGCUCUUCAACUGGAUUGUGGAGCACGUCAACAAGGCUCUGAUCACAAAUGUUAAACAGCACUCCUUCAUCGGCGUCCUCGACAUCUACGGGUUUGAGACGUUUGAAAUCAACAGCUUUGAGCAGUUCUGCAUCAACUAUGCUAACGAGAAACUCCAGCAACAGUUCAACAUGCAUGUGUUCAAGCUGGAGCAGGAGGAGUACAUGAAGGAGCAGAUCCCCUGGACUCUGAUUGACUUCUAUGACAAUCAGCCCUGCAUCAACCUCAUAGAAGCCAAGAUGGGCAUCCUGGACCUGCUGGACGAGGAGUGCAAGAUGCCUAAAGGUUCAGAUGAUUCGUGGGCUCAGAAACUGUACAACACCCACCUGAAGACCUGCUCCCUCUUUGAGAAGCCACGCAUGUCCAACCGCGCCUUCAUCAUCCAACAUUUUGCCGACAAGGUAGAGUACCAGUGUGACGGUUUCCUGGAGAAGAACAAGGACACAGUAAAUGAAGAACAGAUCAAUGUGCUGAAGGCCAGCAAGAAGUUUGACCUGCUGGUGGAGCUGUUCCAGGACGAGCAGAAGGCGACCAGCCCCACCGGUCAAGUCCCCGGCACCGGGGGCCGCACGCGCCUCAGCGUCAAACCUGACAAGAGCCGAGACUCGAAAAGCAAGGAGCACAAGAAGACUGUCGGCUGUCAGUUUCGAAACUCUCUACAAAUGCUGAUGGACACUUUGAACGCAACGACCCCGCACUACGUCCGCUGCAUCAAACCAAAUGACUUUAAGUUGGCUUUCUCAUUUGAUCCCAAACGUGCGGUGCAGCAGCUCAGAGCCUGCGGUGUCCUGGAGACCAUCCGCAUCUCUGCUGCAGGCUUCCCGUCCAGAUGGACGUACCAGGAGUUCUUCAGCCGUUACAGGGUACUGAUGAAGCAGAAGGACGUCCUCCCUGACAAGAAGUUGACCUGCAAGAAUGUUCUGGAGAAGUUAGUCCAGGAUCAGGAUAAAUAUCAGUUCGGUAAGACAAAGAUCUUCUUCAGGGCCGGCCAGGUGGCUUACCUGGAGAAGCUGAGGGCGGACAAGUUGCGUGCUGCUUGUAUUCGCAUCCAGAAAACCAUCCGCUGCUGGUUGGCACGCAAGAAGUACCUGCGCAAGCGCAGCGCUGCCAUCACCAUCCAAAGGUUCACCAGAGGAUACCAAGCUCGCUGUUUGGCCAAAUUUAUGCGCCGCACUCAGGCGGCCACCGUCAUCCAGAAGUACCAGAGGAUGUACGUGGAGAGGAAGCGCUACAGGCAGAAGCAGGCUGCUGCUCUGGUCAUGCAGACGAUCCUCAGAGCUUACAUGGCCCGGCAGAAGUAUCAGGCUCUGCUGCGGGAGCACAAGGCAGUGAUCAUUCAGAAGUACAUCCGUGGCUGGUUAGCGCGGUGCUGGUACAAGCGCUGCCUUCUCUCCAUCGUCUACCUGCAGUGCUGCAUGCGCAGGAUGAAGGCCAGGCGUGAGCUGAAGAAGCUGAAGAUUGAGGCUCGCUCAGUGGAGCACUUCAAGAAACUCAACAAGGGCAUGGAGAACAAGAUCAUGCAGCUGCAGAGGAAGGUCGACGAGCAGAAUAAGGAAAACCGGUCCAUCAACGAGAAGCUCGCUGGCCUGGAGAACUCCUACACGGUGGAGAGCGAGAAGCUACGCGGCGAGCUGAGCCGGCUGCGUGGCGUGGAGGAGGACGCCAAGAGCAAGGGCAGCCAGGUGAUGUCCCUGCUGGAGGAGCUGGAGAGGCUGAGGAAGGAGCUGAGCGCCACGCAGCAGGAGAAGAAGACCAUCGAAGACUGGGCACAGAAGUACAGAGACGAAAUGGAGAAAAUGGUCUCGGAGCUGAAGGAUCAGAACGGGACGCUGAAGAAAGACAAGGACGACUUGAACAGGUUGAUUCAGGAACAGAGUCAGCAGAUGACAGAGAAAAUGGCUCGUGUGAUAGUGGAGGAGACUCAGCAGCUGGAGACAGAUUUGAACGAGGAGCGUUCUCGCUACCAGAAUCUCCUGACAGAACACCUUCGCCUCGAGGAGAAAUACGACGACCUGAAGGAGGCCAUGGCUCUUUCCUCGAACGUCUCCAAGCCCGGCCACAGGAGAACAGAUUCCACCCACAGCAGCAACGAAUCCGAGUACACCUACAACUCAGAGUACGCAGAAUUGGAGGAAGGUUCCAGAGCCGCAGAAGAUGUGACACGAGGAAUGGACACUUCGCUGACUCUCAAGCUGCAGAAACGUCUCACAGAACUGGAGCAAGAAAAGCAGUCGCUGCGCAACGAGCUGGAAAACAAAGAGGAGCAGUUCCAGCGGGCUAGAGCCAGGGACGAUGCCGAGUUUAAAAAGGCUCGUGGAGCAGAGCUGGAGUACGAGUCCCUCAAGCGCCAGGAGCUGGAGUCCGAGAACAAGAAGCUGAAACACGACCUGGCAGAGAUGAGGAAAAGUCUACUGGGAGACGCGGCCACAGGUGCCGGGGCCCCGGGCUCGCCGGCCUACAAGGUGCUCCUAGACCAGCUCAACGCCUCCUGUGAAGAGCUGGACGUCCGCAAGGAGGAAGUGCUGAUCCUGCGCUCGCAGCUGGUCAGCCAGAAGGAGGCCAUGCACCACAAGGAUGAGAAGGAGACCAUGACGGAGCCUUCGGUUUACGCUGACGAUGUGAACAAACUGAAGGAUGCGGAUGAACUGAAGCAAGCUUACAUCGGAGUCAAAGACACCAACAGAUUGCUGGAGCACCAGCUGCAGACUCAGCGGAGGACCUACGACAACGAGGUGGAGGUGCUGCGCGGCGAGCUGCAGAACGUGAAGGAGGAGAACAACCGUCAGCAGCAGCUCUUGGCCCAGAACCUGCAGCUGCCCCCGGAGGCCCGCAUCGAAGCCAGUCUGCAACACGAGAUCACCCGGCUCACCAACGAGAACCUGGAACUCAUGGCCGACGACCCCACAGCGUCCCGAGAGGCUCGAGUCACCAUUUUACGACGGAUGGUUGAUCUUAUGGAGCAGCUGGAGAAGCAGGACAGAACCAUCCGCAAGCUCAAGAAGCAGCUGAAGGUUUACUCCAAGAGGAUCGGAGAGAUGGGAGCGGGUCAAGCCGAAGGCCAGACGUCUCCAGGACAGAUGGUGGACGAGCCCAUCCAUCCCGUCAACAUCCCUCGCAGAGAGAAGGACUUCCAAGGAAUGCUGGAGUACAAGAAGGAGGAUGAACUGAAGCUGGUUAAGAACCUCAUCCUGGAGCUGAAGCCUCGUGGUGUAGCCGUGAAUCUGAUCCCAGGUCUACCGGCCUACAUCCUGUUCAUGUGUCUGAGACACGCAGACUAUGUCAACGAUGACCAGAAGGUCCGCACUCUGCUCACAUCAACCAUCAACAGCAUUAAGAAGAUCUUAAAGAAACGAGGAGAUGACUUUGAGACGGUCUCUUUCUGGCUGGCUAACACAUGCCGCUUCCUGCACUGUCUGAAACAAUACAGCGGAGACGAGGCCUUCAUGAAGCACAACACGCAGAGGCAGAAUGAGCACUCGCUGUCCAACUUCGACCUGGCAGAAUACAGACAGGUGAUCAGUGACCUGGCCAUCCAGAUCUACCAGCAGCUCAUCAAAUGCAUGGAGAACAUCCUCCAGCCCAUGAUAGUCUCUGGCAUGUUGGAGCACGAGACCAUCCAGGGUGUGUCGGGGGUGAAGCCCACGGGUCUCCGUAAGCGGACGUCCAGCAUCGCCGACGAGGGCACCUACACCCUUGACUCCAUCCUGCGGCAGCUCAGCGCCUUCCACUCCACCAUGUGUCAGCACGGCACCGACCCGGAGCUCAUCAAGCAGGUGGUGAAGCAGCAGUUCUACAUCAUCGGAGCCGUCACCCUCAACAACCUGCUGCUACGCAAGGACAUGUGCUCCUGGAGCAAAGGCAUGCAGAUCAGGUACAACGUGAGCCAGCUGGAGGAGUGGCUCAGAGACAAAGGUCUGAUGACCUGCGGAGCCAAAGAGACUCUGGAGCCUCUGAUCCAGGCCGCUCAGCUGCUGCAGGUGAAGAAAAAGACAGACGAGGACGCUGAGGCCAUCUGCUCCAUGUGCCAGGCCCUCACCACUGCUCAGAUUGUGAAGGUCCUGAACCUCUACACUCCGGUCAACGAGUUUGAGGAGAGAGUGUCGGUUGCAUUCAUACGAACCAUACAGACCCGCUUGCGAGACCGUUGUGAGAGUCCCCAGUUGCUGAUGGACACAAAGAUGAUCUAUCCAGUCACCUUCCCGUUUAAUCCUUCCUCACUCGCCCUGGAAACCAUCCAGAUCCCCAGCUCUCUCAACUUGGGGUUCCUCACCAGAGUCUAAACCGAGCCCACGGGACGUCUCUGAGCCCUGCUGCGAUUUUGUCUUAGUGGCUACAGCUGGAAUUGCAAGUCACGUGACACUCACUGGCCCACAGUAGAAAUAAGUACAUAUCCGGAGCCUCACUCCAAAACCGACACAAUUUAAACAAAUCAUGUCCAACACAAAUCAUUGAAAAAUGUUCACCAAUAUGUUUGUUAUGAAAUACGACACACACACACACACACACACACACACACACACACUCAAGACAUGCAGGAUUAAAACACAUGCUGAGCGUCACAUCUGUACAGUUACUUUCAUCCACAUGCACGACUCGACCCAUGUGCACCUCCUCUCUUUCACACACCCGCCAGCAUCCAUCCGCCGCUUGUAUAAAUGCGCAACUCUUAGAGAAGCCACAGGACCAGGUGCAGUACACGUGCUCCCUGGGUCGACACCUGGGUCUGUCCCCCCGCUGGCCACGACCCUGAUCAGCCCCCCUCUCCCCCCCUCCCUGUGCCUGUGGUUCUAGUCAUGGUUAAGGUAGUUGUUGUUAUCGUCUUCUUCUCCAGUGAGAAUGUACGCACAGAUACACAAGAGCAGGCCUGAAGGGUGACACCUCACAGCGAGGAUUGAUACGUCGGGUGAGUCCUAGUACGAAGACGGUCGAGUGUUGCAAACGUUAGCUCUCUCUCACCCAGUCUCCUGAUCUGUUGCCAUGUUAUUCUCUAAACAGAGUCAAGCCAAGACACAACUCAUCGUCUGUACUAUAUUAUUUAUACAUAUAUAAAUAUAUAUAAAUAUGAAUAAUAUAUAUCCUGUAUUUUAUUUAUUGCACCUACCUGCAUCUCCGCCCGCCCUUUCUCAGACUAGAAGCUUUCUUGCUGCAGGAAAAAAACAAAAAAAUAAAAAACAUCUCAAGUGACGGAUGAAGCCACCGAUUCUCCAGCAGCUUUGUAAAGACAGUUUCAGUUGCGUUUGUAGGCUCUUCAUGUCAGUAUCAGGUAAAUCGUGUCGUUUAAUGAGCGCCGGCUGUUGUGAUUAUUAUUCGUUGAGAAGUGUCAGGUUCAGUGCAUUUCUGGCAGAUGAAGUGUAGCACAGGUUUCAAGUGAGAAGAGGUUUGGGGGGGGGGGUCAAACUCUGCUACAGUUUCACCGUUUACAGCUGUGACCGGAGCGUCGCAGGAGAUAUUUAAUCAUACAUGAACACAGCGAACACUCACGUACCUACUCCACAGUACGCUCAGCUUUCUUUCCUCUGUACUCGUGCCCUCUAGUCGGAGCCUUGAAGAAAUGUUUUAUUAUCAUUGUGUAAUUAUUUAUUUCAGUAUUGUCAUUUUCUUAUAUGUAUCGUAAAGCCAUGUAUUACUGAGCAGAAUGAACUGGUAAGCCGUUUCUCAUGUUGGUUCAGUGGAGUUUGCCUCAAAUCUGUUCAGAUUUUUGCUUUUCUCCGAUGUGCUCCUCUCAUUUCUCCGGGCCUGUCCACCCCACGCCUUCAAGAAAGCACAACAUGGGCUUAUUGUUAACUAAAAACCACACUAAGUUGCAUUUGACUGGGGACCUUUGGAGGUACUUGGUGUGUUUCCACCAUAGGUGCCAGACUCUAAAUCGCUGGAAAAGUAGGAGGGGGGGAUGCUUUUUAAAAGUCCAGGAACAUUUCUGAUUUGUUCUCGCUCAUUCUCCACAAUAGUUUGUCAAAUCUGUUACUUAAAGUUUAGCAUUUUUGGGGCAUUUUGAAUCUUCUUUGCUGGUCUCUUCUCCAGCUUCGACUCUGUGACCUCAUCUACAAAGCAGUAAACAGUAAAUUACAAUCUACAGCUGCAUGACUUGAAUCUCCUCUGUGCUUAUUGAUGCUUACUUUAUGUGGCGGCCUUGUCGUUAUCUGGUAUUUUGCAUUACCGCCACCGACUGGAUUGGAGUGGAGGAGGCUCUUGUACAGUCCCUUUUGUACAAGCAGCCAUUGCUUUUUCAUGCAGUGAACUAAUUUACCCGAUCUUUGAGAGUUUAUACCAAGGUGGAAACGUAAAACACAUACACAAAAGUUCUGUGCACUUUAGUUGUUAUACUUUAUUUCAUAGACUGUAGUCAACCAGUAGAGCUGCAGCUUUGUACACACGAUAAAGCAUGCCCCGUGCUCCUGCCCACAUCUGGCCUGCAUGGGUUUGGCUUCAACAGCCAUUUACAGAAAUGAAUCUGCACGUUCCUGUUUUGUUUUUUGUUAAUAAAGAGAAACCUCUAUUCAGUUGAGACUUGUUGGAAGAGGUGAUCAGCCCAUGUUGUGCACGGACGUCCUUUGGCCUCCUUUCACCGUUGUCCUUGCUGCCUCCUGUUUAGCACUUUUGGUUUACUUGUUGUUGUGCCGUUAGUAUUAACAGUCAGCCUCAUUUGCCCUCACAUGAACCUUAUUUUGCCUUUCAAGAAGAUAUUUUACUAUGACGGAGUAGUUUGUUCUCCCAGACUGAAAUUAUGAUUCAGAACUAGACCCUGUAACUAUUCUGAUUUAAUCUUUGAAGCUUAAGUCUUAACAGGUUAGUCGUUUUGUGUUGCACCUAAAAAUAAUUUGACAUCCGUCUACUCUCAUUGGGACCACAUUUUAUCAGUCGGCCUUCCGCUGAGUUGUUUGGAUUUGUAGGAAGUGGAACGUGUGGCUUGUGUAAAGAGAACAUAUCCGCUAGUUGUACCAAGAACGACGGUAACCGAAGGAAUUAGUCAACCAUAUGAAUGUUUCAAAAUGUCAUGAUUUUAGCUGCACAUCGUAGACAAAGCCUUAUCUGGAUUACUUGCUCUCUGAAUGACUUACGUACAUGAUCGACAUUGUGACAUUGAUGUGUUCUGUCAGUGCAGUGUUUGUUUUCCACUGUGAUUAGAAAUUAUUUCAGUGUGAUCGUUUUUUUUGUUUGUUUUUUUUUUUAUCAUUAUUAUUAUUAUUAUUUUGUCCAGUGUCACAGAUGGGUUGCGCUGUUUAUCCGUCAGCCAGAAUGCACUUUUUCAACGCCGCAGAGGAGGUUUGAUAAAUAAUAGAUGGGUAUGGACUGCUAAAAAGAAAUCCUUCACACUUAAGCCGCGUGCAUCCCUUAUAUUCCCGUCGCCUUUUUGACAUGAGCGUAGCACGUUAAGCUUCCUCUGGCACAUUCCCCUGUGACCGUUUCUGAAGCAGCAACUUUUCUUGCUGUUUUAUUACCAACUCAUGCAAGCCGCACGUAAGAACACACACUGAAGCGUGGUAAAGGUCAGCCUGGUUUCAGAGGAGAAAGGAAACAUAUUCAUUCAUUGAUUUAUGCUGAGCAGAGCUGCUGCAGCGCCUCAUUCCUUCAGGCUUCUCUUCGGCUCUCAAACGGGAGAAAAAAGUCAUUCCUUCACUCUGCGUUUUUGCAUUAAGGAGAGAGUUGGUUGUAUGAUAUGACGUAGACAUUAUAAAUUACCAUUGUUCUUAUCAGCACUAGCAUUAAUUGUGCCAUUUUAAAGAUACAAAUAAAAUCUUAAAAAGAAAAAAAAAAUAGAGAGAAGAUCUAUCAUCACCCCAGCUGUUGCGGUAUUGAACAUGCUGAAGCCAGUACCGCAUGUUUCCUCUCUGAACCCAUGUGUACAUUUGACGAACUGGACUGUUUGUAGUUUCUGGUAGCUGUGCUUAUAGUGAAUGUGUUCACCGUUAAGAAACUUGGAAUAAACUGUCAAAUCUGUAAAAGUAAAAUAAAAGAAUUCAGCACUGUC